GAGACCUUCUGAAGUUCCAGCCCUACCCCGUAUCUCGUAUCCCGGCGGCCUCAACACAGUUGGAGUUUGCAAUCGUCGGGAUGGCGCAAAGACCUCCACCCAUUAACACGACAACGAGUGCGUCGGCCGAGCCACCAAAACUAAGCCCGAGCCAGCGCGCUGCAGCUGCGAUUGGCGAGGCCGCGACGUUUAUCGUGGAGGGCGUCACCGAGUUCAAGGACGCGGCGGUCGGCGCCUUCCGCACGGGCAACAUGCUGGACAGCAGCGACGUUAAAGUUGACGUUGCAACAAGUCCCCUUCACGAACUCUUCGAGCGCGGAAAGCAAACAUUCGAGCGACACUUCUCCAAGUUCAAGCGCGAGUCCACGGGUGCUACGGAUGCAACGGACGACGACGAGAACGACUACUAUUCGGACUCGGACGAUGGCGACUGGUGGGAUGACAUCCUCGAUCUCCCCAAGAACGAAAUCCUCCAGUCGCACCGUGAGAAGCCGUGGCACGAGGUGCCGCUGCCGGUGCUACGGAGGCUCGAGCUCGAAGUGCUUUUUCUGCUGCCGACCGUCUCGGUCAAGACCAAGCUGUACAUCAUUUUGACAGGUCCUGUUGUCUCGACGCUGGAGGUGGCUGCCGAGUGGGCGCUUGCAGCUGGUGUCCUUUUUCUCUACAUGGUCCUCGUCGUCUUUGGCUCCAUGGUUUAUCUUGCCGCACUACUCACCGGGUCGCUUGCCACGGUUGAGAAGCUACCACUGGGUCAGAAAGUUCGCUUCGAGUACACCGCGUACAAGAUGUUUUUGCAUCUCGAGGUCGAAGAGGCGAUGCAGUUCCGUGUGCGUGCGCCUCGGAUUCGCGCGCUUGUGGCCCACGACGCGACACGCGAGGUGAAGCAGAAGCUGAUGAGUGUCCUCGUCUCGACGGAAAUCAACGCCAUCCAAGCCAACAUCGCGGGUAGCGUCAAUUACACGGAGCAAUGCGCCAGGAUCUCGCUCGGGUCCGUCGUCGUCGCCGCACUCAUCUACGUCGUUGCCGCCUCGGACCAGUUUUUUACGACGCACCUUGACUUUGCCGACAUGAAUACCAAGACCUUUGACGCGCUCGCCAUCAUCCUCCCGUACCUCCUCAACGAAGAGCUCAGCGUGAUGCUCUCGCGCAUGACGCUCGUCAUCUCUUGGUUUGGCAUCUUUCGGCACGAAAAUUCAAUCAUGCACUUUUUCGAGCACAAGUUUUUGGCUACCGACACCCGUGUCGAGGACGCAACACGCACCGAGGUCGUCAACAAUGCCGAAAAAAUGUGCAAGGACAUCGGCGUCGGGGCUGUCGACAUGAGCAGCGUUGCAUCUUUACUCACGGCUGUGUGGACGAUCAACUUUUUGUACCAGAGCUACUACGUCGACACCAAGGGGUCCGGUGGUGCUCCGGGUCCAGCGGGUCUUGCCGACACGAUGUUUUGGGGCAUGGUUCUUUAUUCGUUCACGAUCAUCAUCCUAAGCUACCUCCCGUUCUCGUCAUGGGUGGGUGGACUUCCCGUCCAGGAUGAGAAGUACCAAGCAAUGCUGUCCAGCUGCCGGAGCUUCUUACUCAUGGACCGAUUGUCAGUGCUCCAGCGCCACAUCUCGGACGCUGUGCGAGACGCGCAGCAUCAUGCAUCGGAGACGCUGGUCUCGCUUGAAGAGAAGCGAUUGAUUCGGCAGCUUCGUGGCGAAAUCAUCAAGCACCUCGACGCGACGUCUUUUGUGUCAUAUGUGCUCUACUCGGUGAGCCUCGCUGUCGUUCGCCUCGGCGAGGAGCGUAUCGAAAAGCUUGGCAAGAUUGAACCCCUUCGCGCGCGUGUGACGUACAAGUACUGUUCCAAGCUGCUCAUUCCUCUCGACAAAUUUGAGGAAACGGAGGUCGCGAUGGCAGCUCUUGUGCUGGCCGGUGUGAAGGCGUACGACAGCAGUGAUGACGAGGAAGUCUUGCGCGCAUCGGAGGCCGGCGGUCUCAUCAAUCUCUACAACGCGCGCGAUGGCGCAGUCAUCAACUCUCUGUUCGAGUUUCAAGUGCUCGACACGAAGGUCCAGCACGCGUUUAUGGACAAGGGCGUCGUGUCUCUCUCAAGCCUCAUCGAGAACCCCCUCGUCCGAGACGCGCAGGUCUACUGGAACCCGCAGCUCAAUCAAGUAGUUCUUGGCCUCGAGAUCAAGGUCAUGGAAGACUACACAGCCAAGAAUGCCCAUGACCGCAUUGUGUUCGCGAGCAUCUACCUUGCCGCAAACACGACGCGUGAAUCCAAGUAUGAGAUCGGACACGGCGGUAUCUAUAUCAAGAGCGAUGUGCUGAGCCGCAAAGACAUUUCACUUGGCCCUGUCGAAGGCCCUGUGACAGUCUUCCAAAAGGUACCGGGUCGCGCGCGGUCCCGAUUUCUGAACCGAUGCUUCCUCGCCGCGACGGACGAUCACCAGUCGUGCUACCACCCGGACGUUGUUUUUGGCGGUGCCAUUCCUCGUAAAGGCACGUACGUCCAGCGCCGACCGAGCGGCAUGGGGUACCCUACGAUGUCAGUCUCGCGAACGGGCAGUGCCUCGCACAUGACGGGCGAUCGCUACAACUCGGCCAAGCUCUCGGCCACGGCCAAGCUAUUUACGGGCGGCAGUCGCACGAACAGCGCCACCAUGCAAGAGCGCACGGCAAGUGGCAAGGUGGAUGUACCGCGCACGACCAGCUUCCCGUCUCCUGUCGUCAUGAGCAGUCGCACGGGAAGCCUUCGCACACCCGUUGCGGAUGGGCGUGGCGGUAGCUUUCCCGCACCAACAAGCGACGUGCACACUGCGAGCGCCCGUAGCAACGAUCGCUACGCCAGCAACAGCUCGAUGAAUGAGAGUAGAGGCUAGUUCGUAUUGAGUGUAAUACUAAUACGACUCAAUCCUCGAGAAGCGGAACCUUCACAUCUGUCUG